GCACCAGCAUGGCACGAUUAUAACCAACAAGGAAGGCUGCGGCGCUCCGCUCCACUGGAGGUGACAUUCAGUCGUGUAGCAGCACCAUUGGAAACAGUCAACAUCUAAACUGUUAAAAUGGCCCAGGCGGUGCAGAAAAUGGUUGCGAAAGUACCGACACUAGUCGGCGCCGCUGUCACCUACUCCAAACCCCGGCUCGCGACUUUCUGGCACUAUGCUCGUGUGGAACUUGUCCCACCGUCUCCUGCGGAGAUCCCCAAGGCCAUUGAAGGGGCAUCAAACCUGGUAAAGGCUUUCCAGAGCGGGCGCCUGGGUCAGACCACUGUGAAGGACGCUUUAAGGAACGGGCUGGUGGCAACUGAAGUGUUGAUGUGGUUCUACAUCGGAGAGUGCAUCGGCAAAGGAGGCCUGAUUGGAUACGCUGUGUAAAAUUUGGACUGUCGCUCUUGUUCUAUUUGUGUCUAGGCCAUUGUACGUUUGACUUCCUACAGAAUUCUUGGGAACCAAUAAACAAAUAUGUAUUAACUAUUUGAA